AAACAGUCGCAGUAAGAUGGCGCUGUCUGGAGGGACGACGGACAGAGGAUCCCACAGCAUGGACAAGAGCAUCACACUCCCCCCAGAUGAAAUUUUCCGCAAUUUAGAGAACGCCAAGAUGUUCGCUAUAGAUAUAGGUGGCUCUUUGACAAAACUGGCGUAUUACUCCACUGUUCAGCAUAAAGUUGCCAAAGUCAGGUCGUUUGAUCAUUCAGCGAAGGUAAGCUUGCAGGAAACAGAUGGUGACCUUCUUUAUGAGAUAUCUGUACAGGAAGAGAUCACUGCCCGUCUUCACUUUAUCAAGUUUGAGAAUGCUUACAUUGAAACCUGUCUAGAUUUCAUUAAGGACCACCUGGUCAAUACAGAAACCAAAGUCAUCAAAGCAACUGGUGGAGGGGCGUACAAGUUCAAGGACCUCGUAGAGAAAAAGUUAAAGCUAAAAGUGGACAAAGAGGAUGAAAUGACUUGUCUGAUCAAAGGAUGCAACUUCGUUCUGAAGAAUAUCCCCCAUGAGGCUUUUGUGUAUGCCAAACAUGCUGAUUCUGAAUUCCGGUUCCAAAAUACACAUCCGGACAUCUUCCCCUACCUGCUUAUAAAUAUUGGCUCUGGAGUCUCAAUAGUAAAGGUUGAAGCAGAGGACAAAUUUGAGCGUAUUGGUGGCAGUUCUAUAGGUGGUGGCACUUUUUGGGGUCUUGGAGCUUUACUUACAAAAACCAAGAGGUUUGAUGAGCUUUUGCAGUUAGCAUCCAAAGGACAACACACAAAUGUUGAUAUGCUUGUGAAAGACAUCUAUGGAGGUGCUUACGGGUCCCUGGGUUUAACUGGCAACCUCAUUGCAAGUAGCUUUGGGAAAUCAGCCACCACAGACAAAGAGUUCUCCAAAGAAGACAUGGCGAAGAGCCUACUGCACAUGAUAAGCAAUGACAUUGGACAGCUUGCCUGCCUCUACGCCAAACUGCAUAACCUUACCAGAGUCUAUUUUGGAGGAUUUUUCAUUCGAGGACAUCCCGUUACCAUGCACACCAUCACCUAUAGCAUCAAUUUCUUCACUAAGGGGGAGGUUCAGGCUUUAUUUCUAAGACAUGAAGGAUAUCUUGGUGCUAUUGGGGCCUUUUUGAAGGGGGCAGAAGAAGACAAUCCUAACCAGUACAGCUGGGAAGAGAACUAUGCUGGCAGCUCUGGUCUCAUGAGUGCAUCUCCAGAGCUGAAUCCUGUGCAGCGGGCUCGUAGUGGAACGUUUCCAUUUGACAUGUUGGAGAUGGACCGUCUGGAUAGGCAGCUAGUCAACCUCCCCCUGCUGCAGGACCCGACCUCUUAUAUUCCAGACACGGUGGACCUGACUGAGGAUGCAUUGGCUCGGGAGUACUGGCUCUACUGCUUUGAGGAGGCAUUGGAUGGGGUGGUGAAGCGAGCCAUAGCUAGCCAGAAAGACCAACCAGAGGCUGUGGAAAGAGCAGAGAAGUUUCGUCAGAAAUACCGUCAUAAAGUCCAGACUCUUCGGCACCAGCCUUUUGCUUAUGGAUCCCUCACCGUCAGAAGUCUUUUAGACACAAGAGAACACUGUUUAAACGAGUUCAACUUUCCUGACCCCUACUCUAAGAUUAAGCAGAAGGAGAAUGACAUGGCCCUGAAAUACUAUCUGAAGGUGGUGAAGUCAGUAGAGGAGCUGAGCUGGGAACAGAGACAGUUCACUUUGGUCAAAGGCCUCCUGGCUGGCAACGUUUUCGACUGGGGAGCCAAAGCCGUGUCAGAUGUGCUUGAAUCAGAUCCAGAUUUUGGGUUUGAACAAGCAAAACAGCAAUUACAAGAGAGGCCAUGGCUUGUGGAUGCCUACAACCAGUGGAUUGAGAGACUGAAGGGUCCUCCUCAUAAAUGUGCAUUAUUUUUCGUAGAUAAUAGUGGAAUAGACAUUAUUCUCGGCGUUUUCCCUUUCAUUAGAGAACUUCUCGUCAGAGGCACAGAGGUUGUUCUUGCUAGUAACUCAGGCCCUGCCCUCAAUGACGUCACUAACAGUGAGCUGCAGAUCCUAACGGAGAGAAUAGCUGCCAUGGACCCUGUCAUUCAUGCUGCACUCAAAGAGGACAGACUUGCUUUGGUGCAGAAUGGUUCGAGUUCUCCUUGUUUGGACCUGAGUCGCCUGGACAAAGUCCUGGCCACAGCCGUCAGGGAGCGUGGCACAGAUCUGGUGAUCAUUGAAGGAAUGGGUCGGGCCAUCCACACAAACUACUACGCCAUGCUCAGCUGCGAGAGCCUUAAACUUGCCGUCAUAAAGAACUCCUGGCUGGCCGAGCGUCUUGGAGGCAAGAUCUUCAGUGUAGUCUUCAAAUACGAGGUCCCUUCCAAAGCCUAAGGGCAACAUUAGGUAAAUUAAGAGGCUUUUAGGGGUAAAAUGGCUAGUGCUGAAAGGAAAAGAGCACUACCAAGGGUCCUCUGUGCUUCUUCCUGAGAUUGACAUAAUGAUUGUAUUUGGGGUUUUCUUUUGCUUUAUUUUUAUUAAUUUUUUUUUUAAAUCAAAAUCAAUAAUAAAGGGGCAGUCGUGUGUGCCUGCUCUGAAAUUGAAUGUGCACAUCUGCUGUAACCUCCCUCAUAACAAUUGGAUGACAUUUGUAGGGGCUUUUUCUUUUGAUGAGAUUGAAUUUUAUUGUUCUCAGACCAGAUUCGGUUGCUGUUGAAUAGUUUGUUGGAUUCUGGAUGGAUUGGAAUUACAAAUAUAACAUUUAUGAACAGUUUUCAAAUUGAAUUAGCCCUAGUAAUGAGGUCUUACACUUCUAUCCUGCUGGAUUUAACAAUAUAUUUAAGUGUAUAAACCUCUGUUUAUUAAAGGGAUAGUU